AUGGCCACUACUAUAGACCCCACAGACUUCGUAGAGGUUGAGAAUGGAACCUUGACGUUCCCUAAUGAGAAACAGCAAGCCAAGUUUGAACUAGGCGUUUGCAUGGCGGUUUAUAAAUGGGAAGAAUUGACCACAGCAGUUGAAAACUCCUGGGGAGGACCCAAGUCAGCAGAGAAAAGAGACUGGAUCAGCGGCAUAGUGAUUGACUUGUUUAAAGAGUCUAGUGCUGUUGAUAUUCAGUUGAUAGAGGAGACUUUGUUGUAUGCCAUGGUGGAUGAAUUUGAUGUACAAGUAGACAAUGAUUCAGCAUUGGAGAUAGCCGCAUUGGUCAUGGCAUUCUUCAAGCAGGUUCGGGAAGAAAAGUAUGAUCAAAUUGAUGCCCUAUAUGCAAGGUGGCAGGAGAAGAGAGACACCCAGGUGGGAAGCAAGCACGUACAUGUAGAAGAAGACCCAAACAACCCCGAUGAUUCCGAGAGUGAGGAUGACGGUGAGGAUGACGGUGAGGAUGACGGCGACAACGAUGACAUGGAGGUAGAUGAAGACAAAGUCAAGCAAAAAAACGAGCCCGUCAUUGAUGACGAUGGGUUCCAGUUGGUACAAAAAAAGGGUAGACGGAGGUAG